GUUUCUCUUGAUCUCUCUUUCAUCUCUGGUUGCUUCAUCAAUUGCACAAAGCAAAUUGAUACUUUUGAAUGCUUAUCAGCAUCUUGUUCAUGGUGUUUGAGACUAAUGUCUCCUGUACUCAGUGAAAUCCUCCUUUGUGGUUUUAUGAUCAACUCUACACUUGGGCGCAGGACCCAUCUUGUUCAAUCUUUCUCCGUUGUCUUCCUUUACUGGUUCUACGUGUUUUCAUGAACUAUCUAUCUCUUUCUGAUCGAAAUCCCAUAACCAUCCCUUGUUUUCUUUAGUUUUUGCGUAACCAUUUUUCAUAAACAAUCCCAAAUCUAAGUUCUAAUAAAAUUUCUGGGUCCUAAAGCCAGUUAUUGUUUCUUUUGUUUCUGUUAUAUUUGUUGUUAUGGCUAGUUCAAGCAAUGGAGCAUCCUCAGCUUCAAGCACGCAGGGAAGCUUGAGUUCAUCGGAGGAUUUUCAGCAGAAUUUAGAUGAAAGGAAGCGCAAGAGAAUGGAAUCCAACAGGGAAUCUGCCCGCAGGUCUCGGAUGCGUAAACAGAAGCACCUGGAUGAACUAAAGGGCCAAGUUUCUGAGCUCACAAAGAAUAACAACCAGAUCCUGACAAGCAUCAAUGUCACCUCGCAGCUUUACUUGGACGUUGAGGCUGAGAACUCCGUUCUUAGAGCUCAGAUGAGUGAGCUCAGCACUAGGUUGCAAUCUCUCACUGAAAUCAUUGAUUUCAUAAACUCGAGCAGUGGGAUUAUAAAAAGUGACAACUUUGACCAAGCUGCUUAUUAUCAUCCUCAUCGUCAGAUCAAUGAUGAUACUUCGAUGAAUCCAUGGAAUUCAUUCUCUGUCAAUCAAUCAUUCAUGUCUUCUGCUGACAUUGUUUUGUAUUGAUUAAUCAGUAUUUUGCUGUGUACCCUGGCUUUCUGGUUUACUGGUGUCUUUAGAU